AUGUUGGCUGCUAAGAAUUUACUACGUAAUAACAAUACUGCCAUUUCUAAAUCUUUAAGAUUGGCAACUCGUUUCCAAUCUACCAAGGUUCAAGGUUCAGUUAUUGGUAUCGAUUUGGGUACCACUAACUCAGCCGUUGCUGUUAUGGAAGGUAAGGUUCCAAGAAUUAUUGAAAACGCUGAAGGUUCUAGAACCACUCCAUCUGUUGUUGCUUUCAAUAAGGAUGGUGAAAGAUUAGUUGGUAUUCCAGCUAAACGUCAAGCUGUCGUUAACCCUGAAAAUACCUUGUUUGCUACUAAACGUUUGAUUGGUCGUCGUUUCGAAGAUGCCGAAGUUCAAAGAGAUAUCAAACAAGUUCCAUAUAAGAUUGUUAAGCACUCUAAUGGUGACGCUUGGGUUGAAGCUUUAGGUGAAACUUAUUCUCCAGCUCAAAUUGGUGGUUUCGUUUUAAACAAAAUGAAGGAAACUGCUGAAGCCUUCUUGGGUAAAAGCGCUAAGAAUGCAGUUGUUACUGUUCCUGCUUACUUUAAUGACUCUCAAAGACAAGCUACUAAAGAUGCUGGUCAAAUUGUUGGUUUAAAUGUUUUACGUGUUGUUAACGAACCAACUGCCGCAGCUUUGGCUUACGGUUUAGAAAAGUCUGAUUCUAAGGUUGUCGCUGUUUUCGAUUUAGGUGGUGGUACUUUUGAUAUUUCCAUCUUGGAUAUUGAUAACGGUGUCUUCGAAGUUAAAUCUACCAAUGGUGAUACUCAUUUAGGUGGUGAAGAUUUCGAUAUUUAUUUAUUGAGAGAAAUUGUUGCCCGUUUCAAGAAGGAAUCUGGUAUUGAUUUAGAAAAUGACCGUAUGGCAAUUCAAAGAAUCAGAGAAGCCGCAGAAAAAGCCAAGAUUGAAUUAUCUUCUACCGUUUCUACAGAUAUUAACUUGCCAUUUAUUACAGCCGAUGCUUCUGGUCCAAAGCAUAUUAACAUGAAGUUUUCUAGAGCUCAAUUCGAAACUUUGACUGAACCAUUAGUUAAGAGAACAGUUGAUCCAGUUAAGAAAGCUUUGAAGGAUGCUGGUUUAUCUACCUCAGACAUUUCCGAAGUUCUAUUGGUCGGUGGUAUGUCCAGAAUGCCAAAGGUUGUUGAAACUGUUAAGCAAUUGUUUGGUAAAGAACCAUCAAAGGCUGUCAAUCCAGAUGAAGCUGUUGCUAUUGGUGCUGCCAUUCAAGGUGCAGUUUUAUCCGGUGAAGUCACUGAUGUUUUAUUAUUAGAUGUUACUCCAUUAUCUUUAGGUAUUGAAACUUUGGGUGGUGUCUUCACAAGAUUAAUUCCAAGAAACACUACUAUUCCAACCAAGAAAUCUCAAGUAUUUUCAACUGCUGCUGCCGGUCAAACUUCUGUUGAAAUCAGAGUUUUCCAAGGUGAAAGAGAAUUGGUUAGAGAUAACAAGUUGAUUGGUAACUUUACUUUGUCUGGUAUUCCACCAGCUCCAAAGGGUGUUCCACAAAUUGAAGUUACUUUUGAUAUUGAUGCCGAUGGUAUUAUUAACGUUUCUGCAAAGGACAAGGCCAGUAACAAGGACGCUUCUAUUACUGUUGCUGGUUCUUCCGGUCUAUCUGAAAAUGAAAUUGAACAAAUGGUUAACGAUGCUGAAAAAUUCAAGUCACAAGAUGAAGCUAGAAAGAAGUCUAUCGAAAGUGCUAACAGAGCUGACCAAUUGGCAAAUGACACUGAAGCCUCUUUGAAGGAAUUCGAAGCUAAGGUCGACAAGGUCGAAGCUCAAAAGGUUAAGGAUCAAGUCACUGCAUUGAAAGAAUUAGUUGCUAGAGUUCAAUCUGGUGAAGAAGUUGAUGCAGAAACUUUGAAGACUAAGACUGAAGAAUUACAAACUUCCUCCAUGAAAUUGUUCGAACAAAUCUACAAGAACAAUAAUAACACAUCAAGCUCAAGUGAUGCUAACAAUGAAACCAAAGAAUAA